AUGGCCGGAGCCGCCGAGGGAAACGGUCCUGCUGCCGUUGAUGUAGGGAUGGACGGUGGUGUUCCUGGGCUUUCCGCCGUGAUUCCAGGGUGGUUCUCAGAGAUCAGCCCAAUGUGGCCAGGGGAGGCUCACUCUAUGAAGGUGGAGAAAGUUUUGUUUCAAGGCAAAUCCGACUACCAGAACGUUGUUGUGUUCCAGUCAGCUACAUAUGGGAAGGUUCUUGUGUUGGAUGGGGUGAUUCAACUCACUGAAAGAGAUGAGUGUGCAUAUCAAGAGAUGAUUACCCACCUCCCACUUUGUUCCAUCCAAAACCCCAAAAAGGUGUUGGUUAUUGGAGGAGGUGAUGGAGGUGUCAUUCGCGAAGUGUCUCGCCACGCUUCUGUUGAGCAGAUUGAUAUGUGCGAAAUUGAUGCCAUGGUGGUUGAUGUCUCUAAGAAGUAUUUCCCUGAUGUAGCAGUUGGAUUUCAAGAUCCUCGUGUCAAUCUCCACAUCGGCGAUGGCGUCGCUUUCCUAAAGGCGGUUCCACAUGGCACUUACGACGCUGUUAUAGUUGAUUCCUCGGAUCCAAUUGGGCCUGCAAAAGAGCUGUUUGAGAAGCCUUUCUUUGAGUUGAUUGCCAAGGCUCUUCGCCCUGGCGGUGUUGUUUGUACGCAAGCUGAGAGUUUGUGGCUGCACAUGCAUCUCAUUCAAGACAUUGUAUCUAACUGUCGUGAAAUCUUCAAGGGCUCUGUUAACUAUGCUUGGACCACUGUCCCUACAUAUCCGAGUGGAAUGAUUGGCUUCAUGCUUUGCUCCACUGAGGGCCCAGCAGUUGAUUUCAAGAAUCCGGUGACCCGUGUUGAAGGUGAAGGGAGUCACCCCCAAGUUAAAGGGCCAUUGAGAUUCUACAAUGCAGAGAUUCAUUCUGCAGCUUUCUGCUUGCCAUCAUUCGUGAACAAGGCAAUUGGCUCAAAACUCCGGUGA